AUGGGUCAUCUCACAAAGCUUGACCCACAAGAUUCAUGGCUGCCCAUCACCGAAUCCCGGAAUGGGAAUGCCUACUACGCCGCGUUCCACACGCUCAGCUCCGGAAUCGGAUUCCAGGCCCUUCUUCUUCCCCUUGCUUUCACAACUCUUGGGGAAAGGUUGGGAAAAAUAUUGGCCUUGUUUCCAACACUAUACCUAGCAGGUGGAACAUGCGUGAGCUUAAUAAUGAUGGGAGGAAGCACAUUAAAAAUAUUCUUCCACACAGUGUGUGGUGCAACUUGCAAUGCAAACUCACUCUCAACUAUCGAGUGGUACGUCGUCUUUGUCUGCUCGGCGACAGUCCUGUCUCAGCUCCCGAACCUCAACUCCAUCGCCGGAGUUUCUCUGAUCGGAGCAAUCACUGCCGUCACGUACUGCACCCUCACGUGGACCCUCUCCGUUUCCACGACUAGGCCCCCGGGUGUUUCGUACGCACCCGUUAGGACAGAAUCGGACGUUGAGAAUAUUUGCGGCGUCUUGAACGCUCUCGGGAUUAUUGCGUUUGCUUUUAGGGGCCACAAUCUUGUCUUGGAAAUCCAGGGGACCAUGCCUUCAUCUAUGAAGAACCCAUCGAGUGUGCCAAUGUGGAAAGGAGUCAAGUUUUCGUAUAUAAUUAUUGCCUUUUGCUUGUUUCCAAUGGCUAUUGGGGGUUAUUGGGCAUACGGGAACUUGAUACCCACAAAUGGAGGGAUGUUGAGUGCACUAGACCAAUACCACAGGAACGAAACCUCAAAGGUGAUACUAGGUUUCACAAGCCUAUUCGUUGUGAUCAACAGCCUCACUUCAUUCCAGAUAUACGCAAUGCCGGUCUUCGACAAUCUCGAGUUCCGAUACACCAGCAAACAAAACGGGCCUUGCCCAUGGUGGCUCAGAACGGGCCUGAGAAUAUUCUUUGGCUGCCUCGCCUUCUUCAUCUCCGUCGCACUCCCCUUCUUGAAGAAUCUUGCUGGGCUUAUCGGUGGGGUCGCCUUGCCUGUCACUCUAGCGUACCCCUGCUUGAUGUGGAUUAGGAUCAAGAAACCCGAAAAGUCGAGCGCAAUGUGGUGGCUGAACUGGACACUUGGCACUCUCGGAAUGGCCCUCAGUGUUCUCCUCGUCUUUGGUGCUAUAUGGUCGAUAGUGACACAAGGAAUCCCAAUCCACUUCUUCAAGCCACAAUAAGUAAAUAAAAGCAGACAAAA